AUGUCAGACAACAAAGAAAGGAAGAGUCAAGGAUUUCCUAAAAAAGAUAACCAAGACACAAGUUCGUUAGCUGAUGCUGUAGAGAAAGUUGCAAAGCAACAACAAUCACAAGCAUCAGAGAUAGAAAAAAACAAAAAAGUUCUGUUCAAUUUGAAGAAUGAACUUCAUGAGCUUGAAAAACAAAUAGCAGCUAUCUCUGCAGAAACUAAAGGAACAGAAAGACAAAUUUAUCAACAAGAUGCUGCCAUACAGAAUACCAAACUUCACUGUGAUAGCCUGGAAACUCAAAUCAAAUCCUUACAUUCAGAAAAUGUAAAGCUUAAAUUUGACAUAGAAACAGCCCAAGAAGAUUUCGAGGAACACAUGAUAAAAUAUAAUGCAUAUUAUGCAAAAAUAAAAGCACAUAAAAAUAGUUUGGGAGAAGUAGAAAGCAAAUGGUCAUUUAUGACCGAACUCCAUGAAAAACGAGAUUUUGUUAAAAAAUUAAAGAUGAUGAAAGAAGAACUUAUGCAAGAUCUUCAAAAUCCAGGAGGGAACCGAAUAACACAAGUACAGGAAGACAUUACAAAGUUAAAGGAUAAAAUUUUAACUGUAAAAGAAUCUAUCAUUGAGAAAACUUGUUUUCUUGAGGAAGAAAAAAAGACACAUGAAAAAUUAAGAAAAGAAAUAGAGGUACAACAUAAGAGAUAUGACGCAAUUCUUAAGCGUUUGCAUUGUCAGGUGAACAAGCUUCAGGCAAAUAGACGACAGUGGCAAUGGAACAUUCAACAACUGGAAAAAACUGCAGCCGAAUUAAGAAAAUGCAUUGGAAUGCAAGAAUAACAUUGCCAUAGGGCAGUGUGGAACACAGACCAUGACAACACAAAUUACGGGACAGAACAUUAAGAAAAUCUUUUGGAUUCUUAAUAACAAGCAUCCACUAUCAGAGGCCUGUCUUAAUGACAGAUGUCUUUGGUUGUUGUUGUCGUUGUUGUUUUUAAAUCAGUCAUCCAUUUGUUAAAAUGCCUUCUAACCCUACACUUGAUAGCAGUAGACAGACAAUAGGAAUGCCUACAGAAAAAUAGUGCAAGAAUCUCUAUGACUAUUGGGAGUGUGUAAAAUUUAUUAUACUCAUGAAUACCUGUUUAUGUUGCAUUUGCUACCCUAUAAA